AGAGGGAGGGAGGAAGGAGUGUUCCGCUGAAUCCAGUGCAGGCAUGCAGUGUGGGAGGAGCCUUCAAGCGCUGGGAACAUCCUUUCUACUGACCUUGGACAAACCGUAGAGCGAGAGAAAGAGGGAGGGAGAGAGAGAGAGAGCGGAGAUGAGAGAGAGAGAGAGCGGGUGAAGACAGUGGAGUGCUGCUAGACCACACCGCCGCAGACUGCCGCUGACCGCCGUACGCGAGAUAGGAGCUCGGGGCAGGAGGAAGUACCUGGCGGCUGUCCACGAACGCGGGGGAGCGGAGGAGGAGGAGAGCGGAGGACGAGAGGAGCUCGCUUCUCACUGAGGAAGAGAUUAAGGCGCGGAGCUCGUAGUGCUGGUUACCCCUCCCAUUUCACGGAGAUCCGUCCUUCCUCCGCUUUAACCGAGUUACCAACUUAACGCCUACAAGCCUGAAGAGCGUAGCCUACGUGGUUGGCUCCAGUGGAGAAGACUAAAUCAAAGAAUAAAAGGAAUAAUCACGAAACUCAUGACUGAUCUUCGUCUGACAAUGUUGGAUCGUCUUAAAACAAUGUAAUCGAUUGGAUUAAACUUCGGAGAACUGCAAUACAUCAGUCUAAUCGCUGUCCGUUUUUCAGCAUCUCGCUAAGAAAUGAAGAAGUCUGAGGGUCCCUUAAAAUCCUGAGCCGGACAGGGCCGUGAGCCAGAGGGGCCCGUCCGAGGCUCCGCCCCCGCCCACGCGGCGGGGGGGGGAGGAGGAAGACGGCGGGGCGGCCGUCCGUCCGGGGAAGAUGGGGGACGGGGGCGUGGGCGUGGGCGUGGGCGCCGGGGGAGAGAGGGCGAGCCACUCCCACGUCCUGUUCGACCGCUUCGUCCAGGCCGGCACCUGCAAGGGCACGCUCAAGGCCUUCCAGGAGCUGUGCGACUUCCUGGAGCUCCGCCCCAGCGAGUACCGCGUCUUCUACCACAAGCUCAAGUCCCGCCUCAACCACUGGAAGGCCAAGGCCAUCUGGGCCAAGCUGGACAAGCGGGCCUGCCAUAAGGACUACAAGAAGGGCCGGGCGUGUGCCAACUCAAAGUGUCUGAUCAUCGGCGCGGGCCCGUGCGGCCUGAGGACGGCCAUCGAGCUGGGCUUCCUGGGGGCCAAGGUGGUGCUGCUGGAGAAGAGGGACGCCUUCUCCCGGAACAACGUCCUCCACCUCUGGCCCUUCACCAUCCAGGACCUGCGCGGCCUGGGCGCCAAGAAGUUCUACGGGAAGUUCUGCGCCGGCGCCAUCGACCACAUCAGUAUCCGGCAGCUCCAGCUGAUGCUGCUCAAGGUGGCGCUGCUCCUGGGCAUCGAGAUCCACGUCAACGUGGAGUUCAAGGGCCUGGUGGAGCCCCCCGAAGACCAGGAGAACGAGAGGACGGGCUGGAGGGCGGAGGUCAGUCCUCGCACCCACCCGGUGAACGAGCUGGAGUUCGACGUCAUCAUCGGGGCGGACGGGAGGAGGAACACGUUGCCCGGAUUCCGCAGGAAGGAGUUCCGGGGCAAACUGGCCAUCGCCAUCACCGCCAACUUCAUGAACCGCAACACCACGGCCGAGGCCAAGGUGGAGGAGAUCAGCGGCGUGGCCUUCAUCUUCAACCAGAAGUUCUUCCAGGACCUGCGGGAGGCCACAGGAAUUGACCUGGAGAACAUCGUCUACUACAAGGACGACACGCACUACUUCGUGAUGACGGCGAAGAAGCAGAGCCUGCUGGAGAAGGGGGUCAUUCUCCACGACUACGCGGACACAGAGCUGCUGCUCUCCCGGGGGAACGUCGACCAGGCGGCCCUGCUCUCCUACGCCCGCGAGGCGGCCGACUUCUCCACCAACCACCAGCUGCCCUCGCUGGACUUCGCCAUCAACCACUACGGCCAGCCGGACGUGGCCAUGUUCGACUUCACCUGCAUGUACGCCUCGGAGAACGCCGCCCUGGUGCGCCGGCGCCACGGGCACCAGCUGCUGGUGGGGCUGGUGGGAGACAGCCUUCUGGAGCCCUUCUGGCCAAUGGGCACGGGCAUCGCCCGCGGUUUCCUGGCAGCCAUGGACUCGGCGUGGAUGGUGCGCAGCUGGGCGCAGGGCGGCACGCCGCUGGAGGUGCUGGCCGAGAGGGAGAGCAUCUACCGUCUUCUGCCCCAAACCACCCCUGAGAACGUGAGCAAGAACUUCAGCCAGUACAGCGUGGACCCCACCACCCGCUACCCCAACAUCAGCCUUCACCUCCUCAGGCCCAACCAGGUACGACACCUCAUCGACACGGGGGAGUCCAGGGACCUGCGCAUCGACAUGGAGAACGUGGUGAACUCGUCGACGCCCAACCUAACGAGAAACGAAUCCAUUGCGCGCUCCAGCAAGCUCCUGAGCUGGUGCCAGCGGCAGACGGAGGGCUACCGGAACGUGGCGGUGGCCGACCUCACCAUGUCCUGGAAGAGCGGGCUGGCCCUGUGCGCCGUCAUCCACCGCUUCCGGCCCGACCUCAUAGACUUUGACUCCCUGGAGGAGCGGGACGCGGAGAAGAACAACCAGCUGGGGUUCGACGUGGCCGAGCGGGAGUUCGGCAUCUCCCCCAUCAUGACGGGCAAGGAGAUGUCCUCCGUGGGGGAGCCCGACAAGCUGUCCAUGGUCAUGUACCUCAGCCAGUUCUACGAGAUGUUCAAAGACACGGUGCCCCCUGGUGAACACCUGAACCUGAGUCCGGAGGAGAAGGCGGCUCUGAUCGCCAGCACCAAGUCCCCCAUCUCCUUCCUCAGCAAGCUGGGCCAGAGCAUCUCCCGAAAGCGCAACCCCAAGGACAAGAAAGAGAAGGAUAUCGAUGUUGUCGGGAAGCGAAGGAAGACCAGCCAGGCGGGCCAGUCUGAGGACGAGGAGGUUCCGCGGGGUUGCCGUGACGACAGGCCCCAGGCGACCGGCGGCCUGGCGGAGCGGAGGACGGAUUCGGCGGCGGCGGCGGCGGCGGGGGGGAACCACAACAAAGUCAAGUCCAUGGCCACCCAGCUGCUGGCCAAGUUUGAGGAGAACGCACCAGCCCAGUCCACAGGUCUUAAGAGACAGGGGGGGUCCAUGCCUGACCUGGGCUCCCUGCUUCGCCCUUCUCUGACCCCCGCCCCCUCCAAAGAGGCGGCUCGCCUGCCCCCCGUCCCUGCAUGGAGACAGAAACGCUCUCGGCUGCAGGAGCAGCUGAGCGUGCGCUUUAAGGAGAGGCUCAAGUGCAACACGCUGCCCAGCACGGGGGAGCAGGCCAGAAGCGGUACAGGCUCACGGUGCUGCCCAAAGAAAACCAUUCUGCUCUCCUCUUCCUCCUCCACCUCCUCCUCACUCUCUCUUCACGCACAGCGGCCUGACUCACAGGAGGAGGAGGAGCCUGCAGCGGGGGGAGGGGCCUCCGUGACGGACAGGGGUUCCGAGCUCGUGCCCCCUGAGUUCCCGCGGCCCGCGCCAAUCCCCAGUGUCCAGCAGAGGGCAGCGCGGCUGACCUCUCAGUUUAAAGCCAAGCCUGAGAAACCACAGCCAAUGAAAAAGCCCUCGCGCUUCUUUAUAGAGCAGUGGCACCUGGCCCGCGGCCUCCGGGCCGGCCGGCCCCUCCCCUCCCCCGACACCCUCCGCCAGAGAUACGUUAAGAUGUACACGGGGGGCGUGAGCUCGCUGGCUGAGCAGAUAGCCAAUCAGCUCCGGCCUCGGGAGGAACCGAAGCCCCUUCUUGACAGGAAGGAGUUGAGCUCGCUGAGGAAGGAGUUCCCGCAGAACAUCGGCGGGAGCGACGUCUGCUUCUUCUGCCGCAAGCGCGUCUACGUGAUGGAGCGCCUGAGUGCCGAGGGGAGGUUCUUCCACCGCAGCUGCUUCAAGUGCGACUACUGCGGCACCACCCUCCGGCUCUCCUCCUACGCCUUCGACGUGUGCGACGGGAAGUUCUACUGCAAGCCCCACUACUGCUACAGGCUGUCGGGACAGGCCCAGAGGAAGAGGCCCGCCCCCAAUGCCGCCCCGCUCAACGCCAAGGAGAAGCAGGCCCCCCUGCCCGCGCCCCAAGCGGUGGACGGUCCGGGACGGGCGUCGCCCGCGGCGGCCCCCGGCGAGCUGCGGGUCUCAGCGGUGGUGGAGGUGAACGGCGUGCAGGAGCCCAGCCUGGCCAAGCGGCUGCGGGGCACGCCGGAGCGCAUCGAGCUGGAGAACUACCGCGUCUCCCUGCAGCGCGAGGAGGAGCUGGAGGAGGUGCCCGAGGAGACGCUGGCCGAGCACAACCUGAGCAGCGUGCUGGACAAGGCCACCGACGCCGACGAGGGCUCCAGCAGCUCCGAGUCGGAGAUGGAGGAGGAGAACGGCCAUCGCCCCGGGGACUCGGGCCCGGGGGGGGGCGCGGCCUGGCCGGAGGCGGAGCCGCGCGCCGAGCCAAAGGCCGAGGGCGGGGCGACGACGGGCGGCGAGGGAGAAGGCGGGGCCCGGACCGACGCGGCGGGAGCCCGGGACAAGAAGGAGGAGGAGGAGGAGGAGGAGGAAGAAGAUGAGGAGGAAGAGGAGGAGGAGGAGGAGGAGGAAGACAAGGAUGAGGAAGAGGAGGAAUCUAGUGAUGAGGGGGAGUACAGCCCCUGGGAGAGGGAGCUCCACUCGGGGGUUUGGCUUGAGAACCUGCGGGACGAAGAGGACGUGUGUACGUUCAAAGCCAGAAACCUGCACAUCCAGCAGGUCCUGGAGCCCGUGGACCCCCUGGUGGCCUCCCGGACGGACACGGGCGAGAGGGACGCCCGCCCCGAGGGGGGGGGGGACCAGGAGGGCGCGUCCGCCUCCCCGCCAACCCGCUCCACAGCGCCGGGCCGUGCCUCCACCCGCCGCGAGGCUGUGAGAGCCUGGCUGGAGUCUGUGUCCGGAGAGCCCUGUGAGGAUGACGACCCGGAAGCAGAAGCAGGAAGCCCGGAUAUGGAGCCUGGCACUGAGCUGGAUGAAGACGACAUUCCAUCGGACGCGGAGGCCGAAGCUCGGCUGCUGAGCUCUGAGCGAGGCGAGCUGCUGCCGGAGGACGGGGGGCUGUCGGAGAGCCUGGAGCGGGUGUCCAGCCUGGCACAAUCAUCCAUUAUCGAAAAGCAGUCCGAGGGAGAGGAAGUGACCUCACCAGGCCCGGAGUUCAGAGAGCCUGUGACAGAGGACACCGGUAAACCUCUCCUGUCUCCUCUUCCUCCUCCUCCUACUCCUCCCCUGGCGAUACCCGCUGACACGGGUCCCUCGCCCGGGACGCCGGAGGAGGACAAGGUCAAACCCGAGAGGACCCCCCCGACCCCCGAGGCCGCCGGGAGUCCCCUCAGCUCCGCCCCCCCGCGGUCCCCGAUCCGCCUGCAGCCCGCCCCGCUCCACGGGACGGCGCAGCCGGAGUCGCCGGUCCAGAGCCGGCCUUUCGCCUGCUCCCCGACCGGCAACCCGCUGUCCCCCAUCUGCUCCCAGCCCUUGCCCUGCAAGGAGCCGUCCGCGCCCGCCUCCCCCGGCUCCCCGGUGCGGACGCAGCCCGCGCCCGCCGCCGCCUCCACGCCGCUGGCCGACCCCGCCCCGGAGAAGGGCCCGGCGGAGCCGCUGCCGCCGCGGCAGCCCGACUCGCCGGCGGAGACGCCCACCAAGCGGGCGGACAUCAUCGAGGAGUUCUGGAUGAAGAGCGCCGAGAUCCGGAAGAGCCUGGGCCUCACCCCGCUGGAGAGGAGCAGGGCGGCGGCCCCCGAGAGGAGCCUGACCGUCCCCACCCCGGACUCGUCCUCCUCGCCCAGGUCCUACACCCCGGAGGACCUGUCCGACGAGCUCCGGUCCCCCUUCGCGGGCCGCACGGUCAUCCGGCGGCUGAACAUCACGGUGGAGGGGCAGGUGAUCUCGCCCGUGGAGAAGGAGCCCAAGAGCAGCGGCUCGGAGAGGAGGGACCUGAGCAGCAGCUCCGGGCUGGGCCUCAACGGCAGCAGCGCGGUCACCAGCCAGACGGCGGCCAGCGAGAGCUUCAACAACUCCGACUCGGCCAUGCUGACGCCGCCGUCCAGCCCGCCCCCUCCGGUGCCCAAGGAGGACCCCGUCAAGCAGAAGAAGAGCCAGGUGGCCUGGGACAACGAGCCCGCCCCCGGCCCCGUCCGAGCCGCCACGCCCACUCAGGCCCCGCCCCCGUCGACGGCCCCGGAACCCGUAACCUCCCCGGCGCCCACGUCCGUGACCACCACGACGACCACCACCACCACCACCACCACCGCCGUCGUCAUGCGGGAGUCGAGCAAGCCCCGUCGGGCGGAGGUGCGGAAGUCCUUCAUCGAGUGCGUGGAGGAGAUCCCCUUCGCCGACGACGUGGAGGACACCUUCGACGAGCGCACGCCGGACACCAGCGCGCACGAGAGGUUCUUCACCCCGCCCGCCGGCGGGACCCCGAAGGACAGGCCGCCCCUCCACCUGGCCCUGGCCAUGGAGAACGGCAAGCCCAAGAUCCCCGGUGCCCAGGUGCCUGCCGCCGCGGUGGCUAAGGGCGCCUCCGCCUUCUCCCCGGAGGCCAAGGAGGUGGCGGAGGAGCGCAUGCGGGCGCGGGAGAAGUCGAUCAAGAGCCGAGCGCUCAAGGACGCCGUGGCCAAGCAGCUGGGCAAGGCGAAGGAGUCGGAGGCGCACGCCAAGGGCGGGUCGCCCCGGGUGGCGUGGAACGUCCCGGAGUCGGUCUCGCCCGAGACCUCGGCGGUGAAGGCCCUGGAGUCGCGGAAGCAGGCGGAGGCGCUGGGGGAGCGGUUCGCCACCCCCCAGGGCAGCAGGAGCCUGGAGGUCUCGGCGGCCUCCUCGGAGGGCUCGGCGGGUGCGGGUGGGGGUGGGGGGGGCAAGGUGAAGAAGCGCAGCUCCCUCUUCUCCCCGCGCAAGAACAAGAAGGAGAAGAAGGCCAAGGGCGAGGCCCGCGGCCCCGAGGACGCGCCCAAGCACAAGUCCCUCUGGAAGGUCGUCUUCUCCGGCUACAAGAAGGACAAGAAGAAGAAGACGACGACGACGGCCGAGGACAAGUCCCUGCCCAGCACGCCCUCCAGCUCCACCACCACGACGGACUCCGGGAAGAGGAAGGCCUCGCCCCUCGGGAGGUCCUCAGAUCUCAACCUUCGCAGGAACCUGAGCUUCUCCGAGGACUCGGACCUUUCCUGCGACGACGUGCUGGAGAGGUCCUCUCAGAAGUCCAAAGCAGACCUUCGCCGAGGCGUCUCUCACCUGGUGUCGGAAAUCCAAAAGGACACCAUAAAGGAGGAGGACGAGUCCGUUUACGUCCCACACGCGCUGGCGUUCAAGAGGUCGUACGUCGUGAAGAAAGCUUACACGGAGGAGGAGCUGAACGCCAAGCUGACCCGGAAAGUGCAGAAGGCCGCCCGGAGGCAGGCCAAGCAGGAGGAGCUGAAGAGACUGCACAGGGCCCAGAUCAUCCAGAGGCAGCUGGAGCAGGUGGAGGAGAAGCAGCGGCAGCUGGAGGAGAGGGGCGUGGCCGUGGAGAAGGCCCUGCGCGGGGAAGCAGGGUCGCAUAAGGGCACUUAUAUUAGCCCCAGACAGCAUAAGAGAAGAUCAGACUAUUGGGGAGAGUCUAAUUACAGUGAAAUCCUGGACUUGCAUCUGGGCGGAAUGGGGAAGAAGGACGACCCCAAGCUCAUGCAGGAGUGGUUCAAACUGGUGCAGGAGAAGAACGCGCUGGUGCGCUACGAGUCUGAGCUCAUGAUAUUCGCGCGGGAGCUGGAGCUGGAGGACCGCCAGAGCCGGCUGCAGCAGGACCUGAGGGAGCGCAUGGCCGUGGACGACCACCUGAAGACGGAGGCGGAGCUGGCGGAGGAGCGGCGCAUCCUGAGCGAGAUGCUGGAGGUGGUGGAGCAGCGCGACUCCCUGGUGGCGCUGCUGGAGGAGCAGCGGCUGCGCGAGAAGGAGGAGGACCGGGACCUGGAGUCCGUCAUGCUCUCCAAGGGCUUCAACCUCAACUGGGCCUGAGGCCCUGCCCCCCUCCCCUCCCGGUGUGACAUCACUCCCCUCCCCACCCCACCCCUACCCCCCUCAGGGUCACGCCCCCAGUGUCUGCCAGAGUUCUCAGUCUCUCUGCCUUUUUUUCGCCGCACCCCCCCACCCCCCACCCACUCAAUCCAAGUUUACAUAUCGCCACUGUUUGCAGCACCCCAUCCCCACCCCCCACCCCCCCACAAACAAUAAUUCCACUAUUUUUGGAGGACGAGCCAAGACUGUGUUUCCUCUAAAGACUUUCUAUCGUUUGGUGUUCUUAAAGGAAGAGCGCUUCUUCGCGGGGACCGUGUUUUUAUUCGUUUUUUAAUCGUCUCGGUUGCCGGGGGAAACGGAGAAGGACGGCGGUACGAACGCGAACCGCGCCUCUUUUCGACGGGGGGCGCGGCGAGACCGCGAGGACAGUCGAAGACCGGGACGUGCCCCCCCCGGUCUUUCCUCCGGGCUCCCAGCAGCCUCCAGGGGCCGCUUCCGGAAGGUUCUCGGACGGCGGAGUCUCGCCUGGCGUCGCAAAACGCCGAGCUCGGUUUCCCGUUCGGUCGCCCGACGGCUCGUUAGGACGCCGUUCUUCGCCCGCGGUCGCCGUUCGCGUUUUCCGUCGUCGCGUUUCCGCCGGUCCCCCCCC